CCACACAGCAGAAUAGACUCAUCCAGCUUUUGAGAAACUUGAGGAAAAGCGAGGAAAAAUCGGCAGGGCCAAAACGCCGCUCCACAUCCACUUGAUGACCCUCUCGGCAGGAAGAGGAAAAGUCUCCUAGUUGGCCAACUCGAGUCCGCCUCAUUCAAUGUCACUUGCCUCGAGGACGAGUGUUAAGUCAGGCGGCAGCGAAGUGGAUUUAAGGCAGCGGAAUGCCAGCAUCCGGAAUCUCUUUGCGCCCAAAAAGAAGGAAGCUGGUCAAAGGAGCCGCAGCCAGAGCAGCUUCUCGCUCCAGAGGAUUGGCAGCCAGGAUGUUGACGAUCAAGGGAUGGGUGGGAAGAUGGCUGGGAAGAUGCGGCUGCUGCCCACUUCCAAUAGCUUCGAUGAUUACGCCAUGGGCAUAAAUCAAUUGCCAAUGACUGCGAAUCAAUCGGCAGUGAGACAAUACAAUGGCCAGGAUCAGCAGGACCAUAACGAGCCCACUCCCUAUGCAGCCAAGGUAAUUCCCAGGACAUCGCACAAUGGCUGGCAUCAGAGUGCAUUUGAAUUGGCAAUGAGCCGGACUCCGAUGGAGAACAAAAACUGGAAGUCAACGAGCCAGCUGGAAAAUUUUAUUAACAGCAAGGAGGAGCAGGAACAGCAGGACGAGGAGGACCAGGAGCUAUACCAAAACCAGGACACUUCUGUUGACUUUGGUAAUGAAAUGACCUGGGGCAAAUCUGCUGAGAAAUCGCUGCCAUUGAAUCACCUGCAACUGCAGCGGCAAGAAGGAGGAUUUUCCCGAGACGACCAGUGGGAUUUGGAGUUGCGCGAAAGUUUGCACAGCCAAAGCUAUCGACCGGCGGCGGCAGCGGCAGCUCAGUCGACGACGCCGCUGGCAGAGCGCCUGCAGCGCUUUCGAUACCGCCAGCAAUUGCAAUUGCAACAAGAACAACAAUCGAGCACUGAUAUCGACCAUUUAUCAGCUGAACAAAUAGGCGUAGCCAAUUGGCCAGGGGCAAGGGUACAGGGGAACCUCGAAGGGAACCCCUUCGGCGGGAGAGCUCCAGUUGAAGCUGAGCACUCAGCGGAGCAGCAGCAGCAGGAGGAGGAGCUGCCCCCGGAUCGAGUACUAUACCCAGACUCGGAGCCGGAGGAGGCAGCACCCAAGCGCCGUGUUGUCGUCAGGCGACGCAUAGUGCGCACCACGCGCAGUAAUCCACAAGCUCAGGAGGCGGCCAAGGAAAUCAGCAGUGAUACCCAGCCAACUGCUGGUGGGGCCAACGGACGCAAUCUUGGCUGGCUUACCAGGCUGCGCAGCUUUGGAUCGAGCAACCGGCGAAACCAGGAGAAGAUUGCCCCCGCACCCUUGGCAAACGGCAAUCAAGGAGCAUUUUCUGCUGCAAGCAACCCCAGUUGCAACACAAAUCCCAUCAUGGCCGUCCUGCGUACUAUGAAACUGAAGGAGCGCCUGGUCAUCAGCCUGGGCGCCACCCUCGUCCUGCUCACCCUCCUCCUCAUCGUCGAUGUGCAAAUGGACUUCGGGGUGGCCAAUCGCCACCUGCUCCAGCAGCAGCACCAGAAGAUCCGCCUGGGCAACGACUACGAUGCCACGGGCGGCGGUGGAAUGCUGCACGAGUUCAAGCGCAAAUUCCUGCAGAAGAGCAACUCCUCGGGCUCCAAGGAGGCCUCCACGCAGGCGGCGGCCAGCCAGAGUGGCGGGGCGACCAGUGGCCAGGAUGCGGCUGCCGGAGCCUCGGGCGGAGCAGCUGGACCCGGCACAUCGGGCACCAUAUCCACCCGGAAGCCCGUGCCACACGAUCGCUAUGUGGAUCUGCAGAAGCACCUGGUCAGCGACGAGUACUCGCAUGUGAUUGUGGACAAUUCGCCGGAUGUGGCCAGGGACAAUCCCACGCUGGCUGAGAUGCUGCAUCGCAAGGCCAGUGCAAAUGCCAGCAAUUUGGAGCGCUUCCAAUUGCGCAUCACGAAGAAGGAGCUGUACGGCGAGCAGGACACUCUGGUGGAUGCGGUGCUACGUGACAUGAUCAAGCUGCCAAUACAGCAUGUUGUGCAAAAGGAAGGCGGCACCCAGCUGAAAUUGAUCAUCGAGUACCCAAACGAUAUCAAGGCCUUAAUGAAGCCGAUGCGGUUUCCGCGGGAGCAGCAAACGCUGCCCAACCAUUUCUACUUCACGGACUACGAGCGCCACAACGCCGAGAUUGCCGCCUUCCACCUGGACAGGAUCCUGGGAUUCCGGCGUGCCAUGCCCGUGGCCGGCCGAACACUGAACAUUACGACCGAAAUUUAUCAACUGGCCGAGGAGAAUUUAUUGAAGACGUUCUUUGUUUCGCCAUCGCUGAAUUUAUGCUUCCAUGGCAAGUGCUCGUACUAUUGUGACACCUCGCAUGCCAUUUGCGGCAACCCGGACAUGCUGGAGGGCUCCUUCGCCGCCUUUCUGCCCAACUUUGAGUCGGGCAAUCGCAAGGGACGGAAGCUGUGGCGGCAUCCCUGGCGACGCUCCUACCACAAAAGGAAGAAGGCCCAAUGGGAGACAGAUGCCAAUUAUUGUGCCCUGGUCCGGGAUAUUCCGCCCUACGACGACGGCAGGCGGCUGUAUGACCUCAUGGACAUGGCCGUCUUUGAUUUUCUCACCGGCAACAUGGAUCGCCAUCAUUACGAGACAUUCAAGGUCUACGGCAAUGAGACGUUCCCCCUGCAUUUGGACCACGGCCGUGGCUUCGGGCGGCCCUUCCACGACGAGCUCUCCAUUUUGGCGCCCGUUCUGCAGUGCUGCCUGAUACGCAAGUCGACGCUUGUCAAGCUGCUAGAGUUCCACAAUGGGCCCAAGCCGCUGUCACAGCUGAUGAGCGAGUCCCUGAGCCAGGAUCCCGUGAGUCCGGUGCUCUGGCAACCGCACCUGGAGGCCCUGGACCGGCGGACCGGCAUCAUCCUGCAAAGCAUACGGGACUGCAUAAAGCGAAAUCCACCGGGCGAGGUGGACGGAUCCGAGACGGACGUCUCCUCGUAGCGAUGAGGUGGCAGCCCGCCCCGAGUGAACCCACAAAUCAUCCUAGAGCAUUAGCUUAAACCCCCUAGCUGUUAGUCGCGUGUCCUGUGUGUUGAAACUGAAAAAAAAACAAAAUAAUUAGCGUUAAUGUUGGUGGCAAUCGGUCUUUGAAAAAGAUCAACGUCCUAAGUGAAGGAAUCCCUGUCGCUCUGUCUGCACAUACCAAAAAAAAUAAGGAGUAGGAGGCCAGGAGCCGAGGACGGAAAUGAAUUCACUCUAAUGUUUAUACUUUCACCUAGAUUGUUUGUCGGGCAGCUGGAAAAGCAUUGAUUGGCAAUGAAAAUUGAGUACCUCCCACCCAAUCGCACACCCUAAUCUUACCGAAAGCACUAUCGUACGCUUACAGUGGGUGCCAAAAGUAAACAAAGACACUGUGUGCAAACAACCUGAACGAGAAAGUAAAAACUAAUGCAGAGUUCUGCGCCAGAAGGAAACUUGUUCAAAAGACUAUAAAACAUAAACAAGAAGAACUAAAACUGAGAGGAAAACUAAAAAAAUAUUGAAACUAUUUUCUAAAUAUUUAUUUAUAAUUUUUUCAUACAUUUUAUGACUUUUAUGUGCAUACACUUUUCCCGUAUGCAAAUUAAACCCCCCACUCCCCCGCCCAUUCUCAAGAAAAGUUGUUGCAAGUUUAGUUUGUAAGUUGACCUAACUUUAUGAUCGAUAUCAGGCGUAGCUUUAUCCGAUUCAAGGAUCGUCUUAUUAGUUAGUCCAAUCAGUUCCAGCGAGAAUCAUGUACUUCAUCAUGUGGGAAACAAAACGAAAGAGAAAAAAAACUACUGUUAACAACUAAUUAUUACUAUUAUUGAGUACAUAGCUAAGUUACAUUUGUUUUUAUUAUUGUAACGUUUUUCAAUUGUACCUUGAGUGGUUGAGAUAUAGAGAGCAUUAAUUGGCCAAGAGACAGGUGAAUAGAGUGUGAAAACUAAGAAGAGACAACAAGAAAAUUGUGUUAGAAUUAGUAAAAUUUUAGUGAAAAUUUCAGAUGUAAUUAAUAAAAAAAGUACCAAAGAAAUGAAA